CAUCAGUGCAGUGCGUCGCCCUGUCGGGAAGAACAAAGGCAAAGAUUACAUGGCGUCUAUAAUGUCUCCGAGCGUCGUCUUCGGACCUCUCCGGUCUUCGCGAGGGUUUUUCUUCAAGGAAGGACGUCAAAGGGAAGUAGCUCUCGGCAGGCUCUCUAUCCGAAAAACCUGCUACAGAGUUAUGUGCUUUCACAACCUGUACUGCUCCUCCAAAGGCAAGUUCCCUGCAGGUCAUGGCUGUCAUAAUGAUUUAGUUGGACCUUUGAAUAUGUCUGCGAGAAUUAUUCCCUGUCAUUUAGUUGGAAGUUCUUGUACUCAAACGACUAUAACUGGCUACUGGGUGGGACCUGAUUUAGAUGAUGGUUGGGGAUUUGUAGAUGCUUUGGUCGUCCGGAGUACUUGAUUUUUUUUCUUCAAUCCAAUUAUCUUUUUCUGGACGUGUUUUUUGUUAUUCUAGGUUUUGCCAAGUCUAUUAAUAUUACGAGGAAUCAUUUUGAUUUUUCUUUCUUCGUUAAUACUACGAUAUUUGCUUUUACGUUGUUUCACCUUCUUGCCUUCUAUAUAUAUAUAUAUGGUUGUAUUCUGCUAUACAUUUCUGAACGGAUUCCCUUUGUUGAACGAUCUGUGGGUUUUGCAUGUUUUACUUUGGCUAUUAUCAACUGUAUCCUGUAGAGGAUCAUGGAUGUUCAACUUACUUAGAAACAAAGAAUCUGCUCCAUUCUUACCUCUAUUCUGCCAUUUUCAAUAAACUGCAAGUUUAUAUUCAACCCGUUAGUUAGGACACUGGGUAAUUUUUGUAACAUUUAUCGUCUUGUAUUCUUGUGACAGCGACUCCUGUUUUUUUUUUCUCUUGGAUGGACUUUCACGUACAUGCAUCUCCUUCAUGAUUGCAAUACAUUGGAAAGGUUAUUUGAUGCACUUAUUGUUUUCCUGGACCAUGAGAGGUACAAUACAUGUUUUUGGAAGAUCGAUGCCCUUUGUUAGCCUGUCACUGUUCACGCGGCAGCAUGAAAAACCGUAUGCCCAUCUUUGUGCCAAUCUGUCUUAUUUCACAUGCACUUGUCAUAAUCAUUUUGCACUUUGUCCUUCCGAAUGAGUACAUCAGAAUCUCAGAUGUGCUCUGUACAUGUGGUUACCUUAAAUUAUUGUUCUUCAUGGUUCUCGAGGCAACGAUGCCUGCCUUUGCAGUGGGCAGCUAGCUGUAGUUAUGAAGCUCAACGCCGUGAUUCCCUGGUCGGAACCAACAGAAGCAACAUUUAUCCCUAGAAUCAUUCCCGACACACAUGACAGAUACGACAUCGGUAAGGUUAGUCUUGUAGGUUUUGAGGUUCGUGAAGUUGUCCAUAUCCUGUAAAACAUUGCAUAUUACCACAUUGGUUUUGAGGUAAUGUGAAGUUUUAAAAGAAAA